AUGAAAAUCAUCAUUAUCGGCGCAGGCCUAGGCGGCCUCAGCGCUGCCAUCUGCUUCGCCCGCCGAGGCCACCAAGUCAUCGUCCUCGAGCAACGGCCCACCCUGUCCCCUCAAGGCGGCGGCAUCAAUGUCCGACCAGGAGCUUCUCGGAUCAUGCACACCUGGGGACUACGUCCUGACCUAGAGAAGAUCGGUGAUCCGACGGGUGCAUUCUUGCUGAGGAAUAUGGCCACUGGAGAAGUUGCAAUGACAAAUGUGGCUGUUGAUGCUUCGGAUGAGAUUGAUUGGGGGACGAAUCGGGAGUUUUUGAUGAAGAUGCUCUAUCAAAGGGCUUUGGAGGCUGGGGCGGAAAUUUUGUUCGACUGUACUGUGACAGAGACCAUGGAGGAACCGUGGAAAGUACGGCUGGUCUUGAAGGAUGGGAGGGACUUCUCGGCGGAUCUCGUGCUUGCUGCUGAUGGGAUUCGGUCACGCAUACGGCCACAGAUCCUGUCUGAUGUCAAGGAGCCCAUCGAUCCGAUUGUCAGCAACACGACGUUGUACGGAGUCCGGGUCAACGCCAGCAAGAUCAAAGCCAGAUCCGACACGAAACGCUUAAUGGACAACGAUCAUGUGAGUGUCUGGCAGGGGAAGAACGGCUUUGUGGUCUCAAGGUACAGCGAGAAGCUGAACAGCUUCGGCGGGCUUUUUGGAAUGAAGUCUGAGAAUGAUAUGAAGGGUUUGUGGGAUGAGAAAGGCGACAUUCAGUUCGUGAGGGACUUCUACUCUGGAAGUUGUGAGGACUUGAGGGCUGCACUUGAGGUGGCCACGUCUUGUGAUCGGUGGAAGCUUGCCGAACUACCAGACCUUCCACGCUGGACAAGCAAAGGCGGCAGAAUCGCCCUACUCGGCGACUCCGCCCACAGCAUGGAGCCGAACGCGGCUCAAGGUUUCUCAAUGAUAGUCGAAGAUAUCGGCGUCCUUGACUACCUCAUCCAGCAUGAUCAGAACGCCGCCGCCAACCUGGCAACAAUCACCAACACGUGGCAGAAGAUUCGCAAGCCGCGUGUUGAACGCAUCAAGGCCUACGCAAAGGAGAAUACGAAGGCCUUCCUUGGCGAGCCCAUGCCUCAUCGACAUCGCCAGGAGACGGCUGGAUCGACGGUGAAAAGUUUGAAGAAUGUUAUCCCAAAGAUGGAUGCGAAGUUUACGACGAGUGCGUUUGUGAAGUGGGCGUUGGACUAUGAUGCUGUCGCUGAGGCGAAGAAGUAUGUCGAAGGCACCAGGUCACGACUGUGA